AUGGAGUAUGCGGGUCCCCGCACCAUGUGGCGCGGCUGGCUGGUGCAGUGGGUGCUGCUAGCUGCAGCUGCGGGCCGCACAGAAGCCGUGGCCGCCGCUUCCUGCCCGCCCGAGUGCAUCUGCCUGUCGCAGACCCAGGUGCUGUGCAACACGGGUGGGCUGUCGGAGAUCCCGGUGAAGAGCCUGCCGCCCACGGUGGAGCACCUGUCGCUCACCAAGAACCACUUCCCCACCAUCAAGAGCGACGCGUUCGCCGGGCUGCGCGGCCUGCGCAAGCUGUCCCUGGACGGCAACAACAUCUCCGCCAUCCGGCCCUUCGCUUUCCGCGGGCUGCCGCGCCUCAAGGAGCUGUCCAUCCAGCACACGCCGCUCGCCGUCGUGGCGCAGUUCUCGUUCGCCGGGCUGCAGAACGUGUCCACCAUCCUGCUGGCCAACAACAGGAUCCAGCGCGUCGAGAGCUACGCCUUCGCCGGGACCUCCAACGUGCGGCUGCUGCUGCUCAGCAACAACCCUCUGGUCCGCGUCGAGUCGGCGGCCUUCUCGGGUCUCACCAACGUCGACCACCUCAUCUUCCCGUCGGGCAUCCGCUCGCUGGAGCCGGACGCCUUCAGCGAGCUGGACACGGUGGGGCUGCUGAAGCUGUCCUUCAUGGACCUGGCAUCGCUGAAGCCGCACACCUUCAGGGGCCUCACGCACGUGCACAUGCUGGCGAUCCAGGAGUCUGACCUCGGAGUGGUGCGAGCCGCCGCCUUCGACGGCCUCACGCAAGUCGGCAGCCUCAAUCUCUUCAACAACAAGAUCGACGCCAUCCAGGGCCUCGUCAUCAGGCCCGCCAACCGCGUGCGGAUCGUGCGGCUCCACGGGAACCACCUGCUCGAGGCGCCGGCGCCCGGAGCCGUCGUCAUCCAGGGCGUCGAGACGCUCAGCGUGGUGGGCAACCACUUCCCGUGUGACUGCCGCGUGCACGACCUGCUGGCCGGCGCGCUGGCCAACUGCACGUCGGGAGACUUCCGCGCGCGCAACUUCUGCAUCUCGCCGCUCGAGCUGAACGGCAAGCCCAUGAGCGCGCUGGACCUGGACUCGGUGGGCCGCUGUCGCGAGCAGGUCUCCCGCGGGAACCUGGAGGCGUCGCGACGCCCCGCGGCCUCUGGGGGGAGCCGGGGGUGCGCCUGCCCCUGCUGCCUGGCGCUCGUCCUGUUUGCUCUGCUCCUGGCGUGA